AUUCUCCAUUUGAUGUCUUUUUCUUUCUUCCCUCACUGUCCCAUUACCUUGAACCUAAUGGAAAGGGGCUUCUCGGAUUCUACCAUUGUUGCCUUAGUUGCUAAGGCCAUUGUUGUGGUGGUGGUGGAUGUUGUUGCUAGUACCACCCUUAAUGUUUCUUCUGCUGAGUCUCCUAUGCACCCCCUUCUGUCGUUGUUGGCUCUUCCUCGACUCCUUUUAUCGUGGAACCUCUGUUCUUUGAAAUGGCUGCCCCUUCUUUUGAUCCUUCCUAGUUUUGAGGCUUCCUCGAAGCCUGAGCAUCCUUUGAAAAGGAAAAUUGGUGAGACUAGCACUGUCACUAUCUCUGAGCCCUUACUUGCUGUUGCAACUACUGAUGUUAGUUCCUCUAAGGGUAAAGUGGCGAAGAGUGUGGUGGAAGUUAGUAAAGAAACAUCCUCACUAUUUGCUCUUCUUAAUGAUGAGCUGCAGAGUUUUUCUUCUGAGGAGAAAGCUUUAAUUUCUUCUAUAAUGGAUUCUAUUACUGGAAAAAGUUUUUCCAAGUCCUUGCCUCAUCCACCUUUGAAGGAUGUUGUUCGACCUAGUUACGACAUUCGUGUUGACGGCCCCUUUAUUAUUGGACAUAAUUUAGUUGCCUGUGAAUCUUUUGAAUCUUUGCUUCUUGAUGGUGACAAAAAAUUGCUCUCUGACUUUCCUUUGGAAGCGUUGCAUGAUAUGGCCGUUCAUAAUGCUGCUAACAAUCUUAUCUUGGAGAAAGAAAAUUUGUCUUAUCGAGUCAAGGUUGAUCUUGUCAAGAUGCGGUCGAAGAGGAAGGAUUUGAUAAACCUAUGUCACAAACUUAAUUCUGAGAAGAUUAGCACCAAUAAGAAAGUAGCUUUGGAGUCUAGUUUGACUGAAGUUGAAAGAUUGAAAAAAGAAUUGCCUAUGCUCCAAGAAUGCUAUGAUUUGCUAAAGAGGGAGAAAAAGCUUAUCUCUUCUUCGGCUUCUAUUGAGAGGGUGUUUUUUACAUCCUCCAAUGCCACCCUCUUGCAGCAAUUGGAGCAAACUUUAGGAAACUCCGUUUUAGAAGAUUCUAUUUCUCAAUUGCAGAUGCAAGUUUCUUCUUUGUAGGUUUUCGCUUCUUCUACUAUUCAAGCCUUUAAAGAAUCCUUUGAGGUAGGGCAUUUGCCCUUUCUGGUGGUCUUGACUAUUUUAAUCUUGUUGUUAAGUUGGUUAAGGUGUUACUUCCUUGCCAAAGGAUGAUCGUACCUGAACAUCUUGCUAAUUUUGAGAAUAUGGAUGUUACUGCCAUGGUUUGUGCAGAUCUUGAGUUGAAGAGGAUUUAUGACUAAGGCCCAAAGCAUGUCCCUCUUAGUGUUUCCCCAUUUGGAGUAAAGGAAGGUUCCAACA